AUGCUGAAUGCGUAUCUGGAAGUUGUUAUCGGGCUGAAGGGUGCGAACGUUGAGACCCUGGAGGCCAUUGUUUCGGUGCUGCAGAUGAUCAACGUGCUCGGCAUCAGUCGGUUGGUAGGUGGUGAUUGGGAUACUGAUGCUCCUGAGUUGGACAAUUGGAUUCACGCAGUACGAGGUGUUCGUGUUGCCAGCAGGAGUUUCUCGGCCAAGACUGCGCUUGGACAGAUGUCGCUGAAACCCGGCUCCCUCGAGGCGGUGUUCGAAAUCGGCCUCGACGUGCUGGCGGAGUUGUUCAUGAGGUGUGAAGCCUUGCUCAAAUGGCCUCGUGACCGCAUCCAGACCCGCCUGGUCCGCUUGGGGAAACUCUUAGGCGGGCACAGGCUGAUCGCAUUGCUCAACUCUGAUCAGGUUCACGCGCUCUGGAGGGCGGGCUUUAUUCCUGCUGCUGGCCACGGGGCGGGGAUUAGUGCGCUGUCGGGCCCGACGGUGAUGAAGUUGCAGUCUAUUCCGGGGACUUUAGUGGGCGCGAAGCGGACUAGAUCCCUGACAUCUUGGUUCGCUACACAGACUGGCUCCCUGUAUGACCCCAUUUGGGAUGCCACCGCCUCCCUAAUUCAAAGAUGUGCAAGGCUGCUGUGGGACGCCGGGUUGGCGAGGGCCUGGGCGGCCAUGCAAGACAAGCUUGCUGUGCGGGCCACGUGGAACGAUUCCCGAGGCGAGCCCCAGGCCGCUGGCCCGCACGGCGACCAGUGCCUCUCGGCCCGCUCCCCGGGCCGCCGGCGAUCGGUCGCCGACGGCAUGCCCAUCACUCCGAUCUGCGGCAUGACCAGCCCGUCCGGCGGCGCCUCCACAGAGGAGGGGGCCACCCUGCUGGAGGCUGAGAUCACCGCCUUUGACCUGGCAGUGAGAGGCUCGGGCACGGCGGCGGCGCCGCCGGCGCGGCCCCGGCGGCGGCCGCAGGCGCACCCCGCCCGCGCGGCCGCCCCUGCCGCCGCCGCCGCCGCGGCCGCCGCCGGCGCGCCCGGGCAUUUCGCGGCGCGGCCCGGCAGCGACGGCACGGCGGCACGGCGGCACGAGCGGAGGCUGCGCAGGGGCCGCCGCCGGAGCGGACCGAACGGCACGGCGCCGCUCGGGGGCGGCGGCACGGCCGCGGCCUGCGGGGCCGGGGGCGCAGGCGGGACCCUCGGCUGCGCGGCGCCGGCGGGCGUUUGCGGCCAGCUCUUGGCGGACCGCCGCGCGGGCAGGUCGGAGAUCAGAGACGGGGACCAGGGCACGUCCAAGGGGGGUCCUCUCCUUGCUGCUCGGUUGCCACAGUCCUUCGGCUGCUCGUCGCUCGUAUCCUUGCAGCUCGGCGCUGUGGGGCAGCCCGCGGGCGCGCGGGCCGGCGGGCCUCGGCCGGGCCUGGCUGCCGUGGAGCACUUCCGGGCGCGCGGGCACCUGGAGGCGGGGCUCGACCCCCUGCUGCGCACGCGCGGGACCCUGGUGCCGAAGGUGGCCUGGUGGGACGCCGCACCGAGCGAGCCGGGGGGCGCGAGCUCGAGUACGGGGCGGCCGGCGCUGGGCGCGGAGGGAGGCGGCCGCGCCGGCGCGGCCAGGUGCGGCUGGCUGUUCGUGGGCUCGGAGCUGGAGCACGUUGGCCGCGGCGCGUGGUGGCGGCGCGGGGAGCUGCUUGGCUUCCUGCGCGACACCUACUGCGGCAGCAUCGGCUUCGAGGCCGGGCACCUGGUCUCCCACUCCGAGCGGCGGUGGUGGCAGCGCGCCGCCGAGCGGCGGCCGGCGCCUUGGCUGGACCCUCCCACGAGCCGGCGCCGGCAGAUCAUCCGGCUCCUGCUGCGCGCCUCGCUCUUCACGGAGUUCCUGAACAUGAAGUUCCCCACGAGCAAGUUCUUCGGGCUCCACGGCAUCGAGGCCCUGAUCCCCGGCCUCUACCGGCUCUGCCGCCGCUCCGCAGGCCACGGCGUCGAGAGCGUGGAGCUGGGCCUCGCGCACCGGGGGCGCCUCAGCAUCCAGUCGAACCUGCUUGGCAAGCCGAUGGGCCUCAUCUGCGCGGAGAUGCAGGAGAACCCCAGCGACUUCCACGUGGGCGAUGUGAAGUACCACACGGGCUUCGCUGGCAUCCUCCAUGGUGCUGGCGUCGAGGAGGACCCCGAUCAGCUCACGGUGCGGGUUCGCAUCACGCCCAACCCGAGCCACCUGGAGGCGGUGGGGCCCGUGGUGGUCGGACGGGUCCGCUCCAUGCAGGAUGCCCUCGGCGGCGGCGAGCAGGCGCGGAAGAGGGUCGUGGGGGCCGUCGUCCACGGGGACGCGGCCCUCUCCGGGCUCGGCGUGCCCUUCGAGUGCAUGAACCUGGCGGGGCUGGACGGCUACGAGACCGGUGGCACGAUCCACGUCGUCCUGAACAACCAGGUCGGCUUCACCACCCCCCCGCACCAGGGGCGCUCCACGCGGCACCCGAGCGACAUCGCCAAGGCCAUGGACGUGCCGGUGCUGCACGUCAACGCGGAUGAUGUCGAGGCGGUGGAUUACGUCUUCAGCCUCGCCGCGGACUGGAGGGCGGAGUUCGGCCGAGACGUGGUUGUGGACUUGGUCGGAUACCGACGCUAUGGCCACAACGAGCAGGACCAGCCCGACGUCUACGCGCCGAUGUCGUACGCUCGGGUUCGGGGGCAUCCGAUGGUGGACGAGCUGUACGGUGCGAAGCUCGUGCAGGCUGGUGCGGUGGGAGAGGAGGACAUCGCUGAGAUGAAGAGGGAGGUGCUGGGCGAGUUCGAGGCCCAGUAUGCAGAGAUGACUUGCCACCGUCAGAGCGGAGUCGAGUGGCUCCGCGACAACUACAGUGGCACCGUCACCCUUUGGGGCCGGAAAGACCCCUUCGAGGCACCUCGGCAGCCGACGGGCGUCCCUUUGGAGACCCUGCGCCGCAUCACGACGGCGUGCACGACGCCCCCGCAAGGAUUCUCUCUGCACCCGACUGUGGCGCAGAUGCUCGAGAAGCGGCGGCGAAUAGUCACCGAGGGGCCUGGCGUCAGGGUCGAUUGGGCGACGGCGGAGAUGCUGGCCUUUGCGACCAUCCUGCUCUUCCGGGACGUGUGGGCAGGGAACAGCGGGACCGGACCCUGGCAAGUGGAUCGGGACCGCUUCCUGGCGCACCUCAACAUCCGGCUCUCGGGCCAGGACAGCGCGCGCGGCACGUUCAACCACCGCCACGCCCUGAUCCACGACAUGCAGACGGGGGCCGAGUGGCGGCCCCUCGAAGCCAUGGCGCCGGGGCAGCAGGCGCGCUUCUCGGUGUUCAACAGCCCGCUGAGCGAGAUGGCCGUCGUGGCCUUCGAGUACGGCUACUCGGUGGAGGACGCCCGGACGCUGGUGUGCUGGGAGGCACAGUUCGGAGACUUCGCGAACAACGCGCAGGUGGCCAUCGACCAGUUCAUCGCCUCGGGCGAGGAGAAGUGGGGGCAGGGCUCCUCCCUUGUGCUGCUCCUACCGCACGGAUACGACGGGCAGGGGCCCGAUCACAGCUCGGCGCGCCUGGAGCGGUUCCUGCAACUGGUCAACGACGACCCGGACCACCUCCCCGGCACCUCGCCCAAGGAUGUCCGAGACAUCGAGCGGGCCUUCGACGUCCUGGACAAGACGUCGGCGGGCGUCAUCUCGAAGGAGGAGGUGAUGGACUACCUCUCCGAGCUCCAGAAGGCGAACCUGACGGAGGAGCGGACGGCCGAGGAGGUCUGGGCGGAGGUCGCCUCCGAGCUGCACGGUGCGGACCACGAGCGCCGCGGGAUCGACCGCGCGCAGUGGCGCCAGAUCAUGACGACGUGGAUGCGGCGGCACCCGAGGAGCAGACCAACCUCUUCGUGGUCAACGUCAGCACCCCGGCGCAGUACUUCCACUGCCUGCGCAGGCAGGCCCACAUGCCCUACAGGACUCCGAAGCCCCUCGUGGUCAUGGCGCCGAAGUACCUCCUCCACCACUCCAAGGCGACCUCGGCGCUCGAGGACUUUGGCCCGGGGCAGUUCUUCCGCCAGGUCAUCGUGGACUACAACCCGCAGGCCUCCGAGUACGCGGGCCUCGGCGACAACACGCGGCACCUGGCCCUGCUCAGGAGCGGCGCCCCCGCCAUGGAGAGGCCGGCGAACGUGCGCCGGCUGAUCAUCUGCAGCGGGCAGAUGUAUUACACCCUCUCGAACGCGCGGAGGGCGCGCAAGGUCAAGGACGUUGCCUUGAUGCGGCUGGAGCAGAUCGCGCCUUUUCCCCACGACAGGAUCACGGAGGCCAUAUCGUUCUACCCCAGCGCCGAGGUAAUGUGGUGCCAGGAGGAGCCGAAGAACAUGGGUGCCUGGUUCUACGUGCGGCCGAGGCUCCAGACCGCUCUGCGCUUGUGCUCGGCCAGCUUCCGCAGGCACGUCGAGGUGCGGUACGCGGGCCGUCCCGUCUCGGCCGUCACGGCCACGGGCUCGCCCCACAUCCACCAGCAGGAGCAGAGGCGCAUCGUGGACGCGGCCUUCGCCGCCUGAGCCCCCGCUCCUUCCUCCUCCUCCUCCUCCUCCUCCUCCUCCUCCUCCUCCUCCUCCUCCUCCUCCUCCUCCUCCUCCUCCUCCUCCUCCUCCCGCCCCUGCGAGGCCCGGCCUCCACGGAAGAGGGCGCCUCGGUCGCACCGAUUGCCCUCCUCGGAGGUGACCGUGCGAGCGUCCAGCUUUCCGCGGAGGAGGGCGCCUCGGUCGCCUCACUGGCCCUCCUCGGUCGGUCGCACCGCUUGCCCUCCUCGGAAGUGGCCGCGCGACCUUCCAGCUUCCGCGGAGGAGGGCGCCUCGGUCUCGCCGCGGGCCCUGAUCGGAGGAAGUGGCCGCGCGACCGUCCAGCUUUCCGCGGAAGAGGGCGACUCGGUCGCUCCGCUGGCCAUCCUCCGAGGAAGUGGCCGCGCGACCUUCCAGCUUUUCGCAGAGGAAGGCGCCUCGGUCUUACCGAAUACCCUCCUCGGAGGUGGCCGCGCGACCGUCCAGCGUUCCACCGAGGAGGGCGCCUCGGUCUCGCCGCUGGCCCUCUUUGAAGGUGGCCGCGCGCCCGCCCGCCCGAGCGGAGCGCAGAGGCCCCAUGGGGCUCCGCCCGCCAGCGAGCAGCGGCCCGCGCGAGGCGAGGAGAA